GCAUAGAGAAAUACAGUUUGUCUUAAUCUCCAAACAGUAAAUUUCUUGUAUCUGUUGUUGUUAAUGUAUAACAAAUAGUUGCUUUUAUGUCGAAGAUUAUGAGGUUCAACGCAUUCAACUAUAAAUCACAGUCUAUGCAAUCCAUUCCAAUUGGUGACAUUAUAUUACACUGUGAAGAUAUUAUUGAAUGUUAUGAAGAUGGAAACUUGCAAGUAAUGGUGGCAAUAUUAAAUCACAUUAUGUCAAACUGUUUGUGCUGCUUAUGUGCAAUACACUUACACACAUGCGUAAAAACGGUAAGUUACUAAUGUUGAACAAUAUGACAAACAGUUGCACGCAUUAGUAAUUGUGAAUCAAUGAAAAUUGGCCUACGGCUGCAAACUUUCAAAACAAAGGAAAAAAAGUUGAGAGCAGAAAAAUGUGCAAUUUCAAUUUUGUUUUAGAGAAUUUUGAUAAAUGUCUUCCGCAAAUAGUUGUUGCAUUGGAGCAUAAGCAGUAGUUCACGUGUUGAUAGCGACGGAACAGAAGCGGUUCGCACCAGGAGACGUUUAUAGCCAUCCUCAUUGGGUGCCUACAGCUGGUCAUCGUACACGACAUCACUCCGGCGACCAACUUCCUUUUCACCUGGAAUUUCUGCCGUCUAUAUCGCGCAUCAUCCAGACGGUUCAGCAACGAGGCAAGAGGUGCAUCGUCCACCUAUGGUGAGCAAUCAGCAGCAAGAUUCUGGUGUUUCUACGGGUGGACACUGGACAGUGAAGCCUGCUGACACCAAGGUUGUUAAUCGAUAAAUUAUCGUUAUCGUCGAUAACGAUAAUUGUGUUCAACGUUAUCGCUCACUGCGAUGAUGAUAAAUUAUCGCAAGAUUUAUCGGCGUUCGAUAAUUCAACGUAAGUUAACUGAAGUUAACUUGCGUAAUUUUGAUCACAGCAAUCUUAGCACAAUAUCUUUGACUUUUAUUCACACAAAUUCCAUAACUCGACUGCUGCUAAGUAAUUCCAAUUUCCUUGGAAGAGUUAUGAGAAAUCAUUUCGCUUCUUCAGGAAAAAAAACCUAAAAAAAUGAGAUGACAUGUUUGCUGUGCCCCACGUAAGCUGCGGAUACUCGUCUUCUACAAAUUUGAGAAGUAUUGAUAGUAAGUUGGUAUUGAUUUUUUUUUUCUAUACUUAUUUCUUUGAUAAUAACUUAUUUUUCAUGCUAGCAAAAGCAUAAAUGGGACACCGAUUUGUUCCGGAUGGAAUUCCAUACUCAGAAAAUUGUGGACAGCCUCAUUUAUCAACGAAGGACUGCACUUCAGUAUUACAGACUCACCGUACUUCUAAAGGGCGAUUGAGCUGGAAUUGCCGGAGAAUCUUUCAGUUGGCUGUCGUCAAUCAAGAAACGGAUGGAUGCAAGGUUUAAUGAGAUGAUCGAGAAGCUAAAAUCAAAACUGAUGUCGGUGGAGUACGUAGCCACCACUGCAGACUGCUGGACCCAAAUUCCAUAGAAGCUUUUUAGGAAUGACUCUGCUCUGGAUGUAUGAAAACACCAUGGAAAGGAUGUCUUGCGCCUUGGUAUUAAAAAGGAUAUACGGCGGAUGCCCUUGGGGCUGCAAUCCAUGCGGUCCAUGCGGGCGUUGACUUAUUUUAAAAAGUUCGUCGAUACAAAACUGACAGUGCAAAUUUACGAAAAGCUGAAUAAUAAAUAAAUUGUUUUCAAUUGCAUUAAGUAUCUUUAUUAUUAGCCUAUUAUGUUUAUACCUGCUUUUGAAUCAAUCAUGGACUCAAGUCCCCCAAUUCAAUAGUUCAUAAUUUGUCAGAUCGAAUUUUGAGGUACAAUUCGAAACCAUCAUGAUAUAGAGUUAUAGUACAAUUGGUAAUCUUACACUCGGGAUUUCAUCCUAUCGUAAGUCAUAAAGAUUUAUACGAAUUGGUUAAAACGUUAGAUUUGGCCCAAAUUAGUGUAGCACAUCCAAGGUUCACCCUCUGGUCAUACAGAUGGCGUAGAAGCUUCAAUUAGAGGCCGUUCAUAAACCACGUAUCCUCAGACCCCCCGUAGAUUUUUAUGCAUACAAAAAUUUUAAAAUUUGUGUGGAACGUAGACUUAGAUCAGACGACCCACCUCCUCCCCCCAAAAAGUCUACGUGGUUUAUGAACGGCCCCUUACUACAUUAAAAAUGUCACAUUGAAUGUUUUUUCUUCGGACAUCUUGUCUUGCAUUCAACAGUUAACUCGAUUAUUUUCGAUAAAUUAUCGAAAAAACGAUAACGAUAACGAUAAUUUAUCGCAUUGCUUACCGUUAUCGACUGAUUAUCGAAAAGCCAUCAACGAAGUCAAAGUUGGCGUUAAUUUAUCGACGAUAAUUUAUCGAUUAACAACCUUGGCUGACACCGGUAUGAAUGAUUGACGACGGAGUUGGAGAAGCAGAAGGACACAUUUUAUAUAGGUAUUUGAUUGUAAUUAAUAAAUAUCAUUGUUUUAUUGAUUAAUCUUUGUUUUGUUCUUUAUUUACUGUUAAAACACAUUAACAGUACAUACUAUAUCAGCACUAAUCCGCAUACAGUUAUGCUACUAUUGAGAACUGUAAGUCACUAGUUAUACAUACUUUAUACGUUUGUCUUUCAAAUUAAUGGUUAAACUGUUCUCUAACCAUUUGCUAUGUUAUGAAUUGUCUGAAAAACUGGAUAAUAUAUUGACCAUAUGCUUUACUGUUUUGCGAAAAAUUUGUUCGAGAAAAUGAGCGAAUUUUUAUGGUAACCUAUCUUAACCGCCUAUUCCACAUACUGUUAUUCGGUGGAUUACCAUUUGUCAAACUGGCAAAUCUGUACAUGGAAUGGUUAUCUUACUGUUAUCUCGGGUAGUCUAAGAAAUGGUUAAAUUACAAUAGCUAAUAGUCAUCAACAGUAUGAGAAACGCUGCAUUUACAGUUUAUGAUUAUGCGGGUAAACUGUAAAAUCGGAAAGAAAAUUGGCAAUGCAUAUGUAACUGUUGCUUUAUUCUACAAUAUGGUUCAAAGGUAAUAUCGCAGACAGACGUUCUAGCUCGAACAAAUUUAUUCAAAUUUUCUAUGUAAAUUUUCACUAGCGACACCUAGGCAACCGAUUGCCACAGUGCAGUCGCGAGCAGUUGACAGUUUGAGAAACCACGUGCUUCCAGCCGCUUACUUACCACCCAAUUCACCACCCACCGAAAAAUAAAAUCAAAACAAACACUGUCAAAAUCAUUCCUACAUUUGCGUCACAUUCACAAAGAUUUCCCAAUGCGAGUGAAGUUCAUCCAAAUGCAGUUUUAUUCAAGCAAAUCUAUGUAACAUAAAAGUAAUAAUGUGUAGAAUAUUUUACAGAAGUCCUGCGCUAAUUUGUGCAAAAGAUUUUAGACAUUAAAUAAAAGUCAUUUACUCUGCACAAAUUAUGUGGAAACAUUAUUAGCGUGCAACACGUGCGGUCUUUUCCCGCCAUCCGGCUGAAGACGACCGUGGUGAUAGUUGUUGGUCGCAACGCACAUGUGAGGCAGCGAUUGAAUAUGAACGCCGCUAACGCCAUCUGUUCGCUGAUUGCCACUUGGCAAUUUGUGGCGGCCAUGUUUUUUACACAAGCUGCUGAGUCAAACUUGAACGUCUGUCUGCGGUAAUAUAUUAUACAGUUGUGAUGCAGUUAAAAUUUUAGAAUAAAACUAGCACAAUAUUCAAAUGAUUGAAGUGUUUUUAUUCAAACUACAUAAAAAAGAAUUCCUAAAUCAAAAUAUGCUCAUUUUACUCAUCUUACCCCUAGUAGGUGCCAGCAAAAGCAUGUAAAACAUCGAUACGAAUAAAUUGAAAUAGUUUAAGCGGGUUUCCUUCUCGAGCUUCCGGUCCGGUGGUUCGUCAACAUCCUCUUUUCAAUCUUUUCAUAAAAUACCAGCUCGACGUGACCAUCACUACAGAUAAUCCUCCAAUUCCUUGCUUCGUACGGAAUUGUACCAGUUAGUCACCUCAAAAAACAUCGUUGACCGGGUCGAGCCGAUUUGGAUCAGCUCCUUAUGCAUCCGUGUUGCACUGUGGAACUUUGAAAUGAUCACCACGUCCGGUUUGUAAAUAGGUCCUAAGAGGGAAAGAAAAUUCAUAAAUGUUUGGAAAUUGUUUAGUUAAUGCGAGGGAAAAACUUACCAAUUUCUCUCAAAAUGCAUUUCCGAUACCGGUUGCAGACCUCGUUGCAAGCUGUUUCUAAUCCACUGUGGGAGUUUUGAAGGGGUUAUUUUAGUAAAUAAACAAGAAUUUUCAUUACUUACAGGAGGAAUACCCUUUCGAGCUGCUGGAUUUCCUGGUGAAUUCUAAAAAACUUAAUUUCGCAACCGAUUUUCACUGUGGAUGUGGAUCAUUCAUGGCAAAUUUUGCUGUUUUUUUUCACUUUGUGAAAAACAAAACAAACAGCUUGCUGCAUUUUUCAGUAUAAUGUCGCACACACAAACUAAUGUGUGGAACUGUUUACCAUACUGUUGCCUAUGAGUAAAACAUAAUGAAGUGUGAAUGUGUUAGUAAGAUGUUGAAAUCCAAACAGUAACUGUUUGACAGAAUGUGGACUCACAUUUCUACUAUUCCUUUCAGCAUUAUCUUUCAACAAUGUGCGGACAUCAUAACAUAUUGUGACUUUUUGCUAUGGGUUUGAAAAACCGUGUUAUACAAUCCAAUGCUUUAGGUGUCAUAUUGUUGGACGUAAAGGAGACUGUUUGUGGUAGACUGACACUAAGUGGUAGAAGACAUUUACUGUUUGGACCUCAAGGCAGAAUGUUAUUUUCUAUGCGGGUAGAUGUACCAUGGCCGCAAAUACGGUAUCGAUGUUAUUGUUUAUAAGUGUAAUGUAAAUAAAAAAUCAUUCGUUCGAGUACUGUUGAAGAGUACACCGGUGUAUAAGUUUCUUUCCCGGUCCGUGAAAUCCUUCCGCCUGUCGGAGCCAACUAGGCCCUUUAUGAAAUACAUAAUUAACAUAAUCAGAGAUUUGGCAACACUUCCUGACGAGAUCAGUCAGUUAGAGAUACGGACGGACAGCGCGACGUCGUGGCCGCGAGGUUAAAGAAUAAAGUAAGUUUUAUCAGGAAAUUAUAGGUUUAUUACUCGAUCGAUCCGACAUUUGGCGACGACGGGAUAAAACUAAUUCUUGAACAGUGAUAGUUUUGUGUUUCUUGGUGGAAAAAGUUAUUUUCAGGAGAUAUUGUCAAGCCGUGCGAAUGCGUAUUUAGCGAUAGCGUCCAGCAUCGGCUGAAAAAAGGCGGCCAUUUUGAAUUGGCAGUGAAAAUUUUCCCGGAGCGCGACGAGCCGAUCUGCGAGAGUAAGUGAGUGAAAGAAAAGAGAAAAUAUUUAUGUGCCUCAAAUGUAGUGGUGUAACAGCGGUAAAUAUCAUUGAUGUGCAUUCUCAGUGGGGGUAAGUAGUGUGGAAGAAAAAAACUGCCGACCUUGCGAAUGGAUAGCGAAUAUGGCUCGAGAAGAAAAGGAAUAAUGCAUGGGUGUUGAUUUGUGUUAGAAAGCGAUUACCGUGUUGGAGCGCCAGUUGAAGUUGAACACUACAGAUGUGAAAAGAUUCUCUGCGUGGUUUUGUACCAAUAAAAUGGAAGGAAAUGGAUAUGUUCCAAGAGGAAAAAAAAAAAGAAACAAAUCAUUGGGAGUACAGCGAGCGUUGGUGGUGGAGGUAAAUUCAACAGGUGCGGAAUGGGAAGAUUUUCAAUGUGGUAGUGAUAGAAAGUUAAGGGCUGGAAAACCGAAAGUGAUGAAUACGACUGAAAUGGCAUCAAUGUCUUCGAAUGUGUUUCUGAAUAAGCGAGAGAGAGAGUUGGUUUGUAUCACUCAGAGAAGCUCGCCGCGGUGAAAAAAAAAGAAUGGAAGCGAGAGUGUGUUGGUUACCAUAUUGAAAGGUGUUAUGAUUGUUCAGUGUGAUGUGUGCGGAGGAAUGGUUUUGUACCAAUGCUACUGUAGAUGAUUCGUUAUGUAUGUAGUACAUAUGUACAUGGUGAAUCUCUUGUUGGUUUACAACAACAUGUUGGGUGCUGAAGAAGGGUUGCCAAUGCAAUCGUAAAAAAAGUGGUUGUGUACCAAAGGGAAAAAAGUAUUGGUUUUGUACCAGUGAAAAGAUAAGAUGUUAUUGUUUGUUAAUCUAAAUACGGGAGAUAAGGUUAUGUACCAGAAAAAAACAGUUGUACACAACUAGAAGUAGUGGAAAUAUUAAAAAAAUGUGAAUAAUGUUUUGAAAGAUUGCAGAGUGACCUGUUGAGGAUUUCUUGGUGUUGGGCCAUCAAUGAAGUUCGUUACCUAACGAGCUAUGCAAGGUUGUAUAAGCAGCUCAGGUAAGUCAAACCUUUUAUUAUUUUCUGGUAAAUGUAUGCACGACAAAACGCAGUGAAUCACCUUUUGAACGAUGAAUGGUUGAGGUAUUUUGUGUGGUUUAUUUAAAUCUGUUAUUAUUUGGUAUAAUCGGUUACUACAACAAUUAUUACAAACGUAUAUGAUAUCACUGGAGAAUGCACAUCAACAUUAUUUGAGGCAUAUGAACAACUUGUAUUCAGCGUUUUAGGGUAAAAAAAAAACUAAUGAUUUUACAGGAUGGCGUUGCACAGCAGAAUAAAGCCCUUUGAUGUUACUACCAUCGAGACAAGUCGAUUGCCGACCGAGUGGGAAACUUGGAAAUUAGACCUGGAAUCAUUCUUUUUGGCACACGGCGUAGAGAAGCAAUCAGACAAACGAGCACAGCUGGCAUACCUUGGUGGACCAGGGUUGCAAGAACUACUUCGUCACCUUCCGGGAGUUAGCCAGGUGCCCCACGUUACAAUCGAUCCACCUUUUUAUGACGUAGCGAUCAAUUGCCUCGAUAAAUAUUUCGAGCCUUUCCGCCGCAAGACGUAUGAAAGGCAUCUGUUCCACCUAAUAAAACAACACCAGGGGGAGAGAUUUACGGACUUCGUCAUGAGAAUGCGAAAACAAAUUGGAAGGUGCAAUUAUCACCCGGAGGUCGUUGACGAACUCAUGGCCGACCAAAUUGCCCAAGGAUGCAAUUCAGAAGAGCUACGAACGAAACUGUUGCAGAAAGAUCGGCCGUUGGAAGAAGUUAUUUGGUUGGGCACUAGUAUAGCCGAGUCACAUCAACAGUCGAGAAAGCUUAGCCGGCCUGCUGUACGCCAGGAACAGGAUGUGUAUGCAGUGUCGCAUCGGCCAUAUCGAAGUGAUUUUCCACCAAGCAAACGUCAACCCUUCAUUCAACCCAGGAAUUACCAAACUAACCGGUUUACCUGUUACGGAUGCGGCCGUCGCGGACACGUACAUGGAAGCAGCGAUUGUCCAGCCAAGCAAACGAAAUGUGCCAUUUGCGGUAAAAUCGGACACUGGGCAAAGAGAUGCUACAGUAACGGCGGGCUAAAGCGACGAUUAGAUAACCCAACAUCGUACCCUAAGGCUAAGCGGAUCCGUGCGGUAGUCGAAGAAAGCGAGAAAGAACAAUCGAAAGACUACGUUUUCUAUGCUAUGGGCGGAAACGUAUUCACAUUCAAAGUUGGUGGAGUUCAAGUACCUAUGACGAUCGAUUCUGGAUCAGAUGCAAAUAUCAUCACUAAAGAGGUGUGGGAACAAUUAAAACAGGCCAACGUAAAUGCAAUGGACAUGACUACAAACACCGAUCGGUCGCUCAUCGGUUAUGCUAGUAAGCAACCGAUGAAAAUUGCCGGGACCUUCAGCGCAGAGGUAGAAGCAGGGGAAAACAAGGCGGUUGCGAAGUUUUAUGUAGUCGAGGGUGGUCAACGUUGUUUACUGGGAGACCACACGGCAAAAGCACUGAACGUGCUUAAGGUGGGAUUUGAUGUCGAUGCUGUUGAAACCAACCCAAAAACUUUUCCAAAAAUCCGGGGAGUGGUGAUCGAGAUACCAAUCGAUCAAGAUGUUCAGCCAGUACAGCAAGCAUAUCGAAGACCUCCAAUCGCCUUGGAACCAAAGAUUGAGGAAAAACUACGGUGUCUGUUGGAAAUGGACAUCAUCGAACCAGCACCAGGGCCAUCUCCUUGGAUAUCACCAGUGGUCCCUGUUAUGAAAGAUUCCGGGGAAAUUCGGUUGUGCAUUGAUAUGCGCAGAGCAAACCAAGCGGUUCUUCGCGAAACGCAUCCGCUACCGCUCGUAGAUGAGCUGCUGGGAUCCGUUAGUGGAGCUGUGCGAUUCUCGAAAAUAGAUAUCAAAGACGCCUACCAUCAGGUCGAGAUAUCAGAACGAUCGCGACCAAUCACCACGUUUAUAACAAAACAGGGCCUUUUCAGGUAGACUAAUUAAUCAAAUAAAAAAUGUUCCGAAUUACUCUUAUUCGGCCAGUGAAUAUCGGGUUCCUUAUAUGUAUAUUUAAACUUUUAUCAUUUAGGUACAAACGGCUCAUGUUUGGAGUAAGUUGUGCCCCGGAACUUUUCCAAAAGGUGAUGGAGUCUAUUGUCGCGGGUUUAGAUGGCGUAAUUGUUUACUUAGACGAUGCUAUCGUGCACGGUUCUUCCAUUGAAGAACAUGAUCGUAGAUUGGCGGCAGUUCUUCAGAGAUUUUCUGAAUACAAUAUUAUUCUGAACGAGAAGAAAUGUGUGUAUGGUGUAGAGUGCUUGGAGGUGCUGGGUCAUCAGCUAUCAGUCCAGGGUGUUAAACCAACGGAAAGCAGAAUAGCGGCCAUCCAAAAUUUUCGAGAACCUCGCAAUUUAUCUGAGCUAAGGAGUUUUCUUGGUUUGAUUUGCUACGUGGGAAGAUUUGUUCCAAACUUGGCCUCACUGACAGAUCCCCUUAGAGAGCUACUUCGCUCCAAAGUUCAAAAUUCAACUGGACAUC